UUGAAUUCAUGGCGAAGCAACGCAAUAGCAAAGCUAUGGGAAGAAAGGGCGAAAAUGGGUCGAACUCCAAUGUUCAAGUUAACAAGCCCAGCUUUUCGCAAUAUAGAGAUCUUGUUCAAAAACGAAACAGCAUCGAGGACAGGAAGUGUAAAGCAUCGAUAUUCAUGGGCACUUAUUAUGUGGGCAGUUGUCGAUGGGAAAAUUAAUGAAAAUACAACUGUUUAUGAAGCAUCUUCUGGGAACACUGCAACCAGUGAAGCUUAUAUGUGUCAACUAAUUGGAGUCAAGUUUGUCGCUAUUGUACCAGAUACAAUAGAAGACGUAAAAGUAGAACACAUCCGUGAACAUGGCGGUGAAGUGAUUAAGACAGAAAUCGGGAAGCGAUUGAUUCGUGCUGAAAUGGAAGCAAAAAAAAACGGCGGCUUCUUCAUGAAUCAGUUCGCGAACUCUGAUCGUGCUGAAGAAUUUCACGAAAGUGGGAAUUUUGACCUGGAAAGUACCAAUAUGAUGCACGAAAUAUUGUCGCAGUUGAAUUCAGAUCGAAGCCAUUCAACAAAAAUUCCUCAUUACUUUGUACAUUCUGCGGGAACAGGUGGAACGAUAAGCUCUGUGGGAAGAUAUUCGAAAAAAUAUGGUUUGAGAACAAAUAUUGUCCUUGCUGAUACCCAAUUUUCUGUUUAUUAUGAUUAUGUCAUGAAUGCGAGAUUCUCAAAUGAGAGUGGGGAACAUUUCUGGCGGAGCCCAGGAAUGGCCGGAAUUGGUUAUGGUCCUAUGGGACCUGUAAAGCAUGGAGUGACUUCAAGUUUAUUGUCCGUAGUUAUUGAUCGAGCGAUAAAAAUUCAUGAUCUUGCAUCAACAGCUGCCAUGCUUGUACUUCAAAAGUUGGGAAUAGAUGGAGGUACCAGUUCAGGAACCAAUUUCGUUGCUUGUUUACAUAUUGCUGCAGCACAAAGGUCAGUUGCUGAUAUUUGGCAAAUUCGUACUCAAAUCUAUCGUUUAUUUUUGGUAUCAGUUCGCGAAAGUUCUAUCAAGAACGAUGAACGAAUCGUUAUCGCAACAAUAUUAGCUGAUCCAGGGCAUUAUUACAAAUCUACUUAUUAUAACAGAACGUGGAUUGGAGAUCGCUUUAAAUCACUUGGAGGAUUAUAUGCUUACGAUUGCUGGGUGCAAGAAAUACAGGAAGCUUUGAGACUUGGAUUCGAUCCUCUUAUAUCUGGUCAUAAAAUGUGCGAUUAUCAAUAA